AUGGCAAGAGUCACUAGAAUGAUCAACAAAGUGGCAAUCGACGCUUUGCGGCAAACUCUCUGGUACAGGUCGAAACUCCUACAAUGGAUAUUCCUUGAAAAAUCGAGAACAAUCCAUGACGCUAUUCACAAGGUAACGAACUUCAUCAUGAUAGAAGAAGAGAUGAAAGUCCUCUCCCAGAAGUACAAACCGCAGAAGACGUCCGCGAGAAGAAAAAACCUUCGUAAUGACAGGAACCAGUUCAAGGAUAAUUCCUACUGCGAGUUCCACCAGACCAGAGGUCAUUCCACUAUGAACUGCAAGGUUCUCGGCGCAAGGCUUGCUGCGAAGCUUUCGAAGAUCAAAGCUUAUGGACGGAAGGCUGAGACGAGUUCAAGCUGGAUGGCUCGGUCCCCAACUGAUGACACCUCUAACGAUACGAUUGUCUUUGAAGAGCGGGAAACCAUCGGAAUCGACAAACCUCACUGCGACCCAUUGGUUAUCGAUCUGGUAAUCCGAGACCUGGAAGUAGGAAGGAUCCUUAUCGACACGGGAAGCAUAGUCAACGUCAUCUUCCGCGAUACCCUCCGGAGGAUGAAAAUUGAACUCGGAGAAGUGGUCCCGGAACCAAAACCUCUCGCCGUUUUCUCAGGUGCAAUGUCAAUGACCCUCAGAUCAUUCAAACUCCUAGUGAUGGCUAAAGAGGUGACGAAAAUCAUUGACUUGGCGGUAGUCGAUAACCCGGCCAUCUACAAUGUCAUCAUGGGAACUCCUUGGAUCAAGCCCAUGAAAGCGGUACCGUCGACUUACCACUUUGGCAUCAAGUUCCCAACUCCAAACGGAAUAGCGGCAAAGACUCCGGACAGCGACAUAGUCCCCGAGUCCAUCGCCUUGCCAGCAGAUAUUCCGACCCCUGAAACGGUCGUCGAUCCAACUGAAGCCUCAACGGCUGAAGUAACCGGAACGAUCCCAUCCAGCGAGUAG